UGUCUGAUGUCCGUUGUGCUCACGGGUGUUAACAGUUGUGGCGACGAAGGGUCUUUCCUCUCAACUUCUUUAGUUUGAAAAACAUUCCUAUUCUCGUUAUGGCUUCCGUGGUGCCCAUUAAGAUUGGAAUAAUUGGUGGUUCAGGCCUUAAUGAUCCCGAUAUCUUGGAGGGGAGAACUGAGCGUUAUGUGGACACACCGUAUGGAAAGCCAUCCGACGCUCUGAUACUGGGGAAGAUAAAAAAUGUGGAAUGUGUGCUCCUUGCCAGGCAUGGGAGACAACACACAAUAAUGCCGUCCAACGUGAACUACCAGGCCAACAUCUGGGCACUGAGAGAAGAGGGCUGCACGCAUCUGUUGGUUACCACAGCCUGUGGCUCACUCCGGGAGGAGAUUCAGCCAGGAGACAUUGUCAUCAUAGAUCAGUUCAUUGACAGGACUACAAAGAGGGCUCAGACGCUGUAUGACGGGCAGCCCACCAGUCCUCCAGGAGUGAGUCAUAUUCCUAUGGCUGAGCCGUUCUGUAACAGAACCAGAGAGGUUCUGGUUGAGGUGGCUCGGAGCCUGGGGGUCAAGUGUCAUGUCCGAGGGACAAUGCUGAGUAUUGAGGGGCCGCGCUUUUCCACGCGUGCAGAAAGCCUGAUGUUCCGCCAGUGGGGCGCUGAUGUCAUCAAUAUGACCACUGUGCCAGAGGUGGUCCUUGCCAAGGAGGCUGGCUUGUGCUAUGCCAGCAUUGCCAUGGCAACAGACUACGACUGUUGGAAGGAGCACGAGGAGGCGGUCUGCGUUGACAACGUACUGAAGACGAUGAAGGAGAACGCCAACAAAGCCAGCAGUAUCCUGCUGACGGCGAUCCCUCAGAUUAGUCAGAUGGACUGGGCUCAGACAAUGAAGACCUUGAAAUCGACGGCUCAGUCUUCGGUCAUGUUACCUAAACACUAAGCAUUUUGAACCACCCGCACCGACACGGACAACAGACUCGACGCCGCCUGUGGAUUUGUCAUCAGUGAAUCACAAAAAAGUGCCUCUCAUAAAUAAUGCAUGUGCUCUGGCUGCAGCUGGAGUCUCAAAGUACACAACUUGCCACAGUCCACUCAUUUUUCUCUGAAACACUCAGUGUCCCACCAUAUGUUCAGGUACAAAACAUUUAAAACAUCAAAAAUCUUUUAAACGUUAUACUCGAUAUCAUUUUUUGUGGAUUCAUAUUUUUGUUGUGGUUAACUUUCAAAUGUAUAUAUUUGCCUGUAAACCAUUGGUGUCUGUAUUGCUAUUAAUGCAGGAUACAAUACAAAUGCUUUGGGAGUUUAGCACAUGAAUACGUUGUUAUUCGUCUUUAAGUCAAAUCUGAUGUUUUAAAAGCAUCGGAUGCCCUCAAGUAAAAUGUUACAUGCCUGGAUACACGUCAGAAAAAUGUUGUCUGAUCAAUUUUUUUUUUUUCCAGCUAUCAUUAAAUCAGCUAAUUGACAUUAUUUUGGAAUGCUUUAAAGAAACUGACUGACAGAUGACUGGCAUUUUUUUCACACUUAAAAUGUUUAAUAUACUGUACUGUUCAUCAAAAUAAUGAAAUUGGCCACAUCUGUUGCAGUGCUGGGCCUCCUGUCACCGCUCAUGUUUGUCAUUUCUGUUUUCUUAUCUGCUUCACCUGAAUAUCAUCACACUCCAUCGUAUCUUAAAAUAUUUGUCACCUUG